AUGGCAACAGGUGGAAGGACGACUCUUAAUCCGAAUUUCAAUCAGUGUGUCAUUUGUCUAGAAAAUUAUAAAAAACCGAAAUUCCUAGACUGUCAUCACACAUUUUGUCAGGAAUGCAUCCGAGAUCUGGAACAGAAAUCGCCCAGGACCGUGUCCUGUCCAUUAUGUCAGAGAAAAGUUCAACUUCCAGCUGGGGGC